AUGAACGGUAGCGGCAACGGAAGCGGUUCCGUGGCAAUCGCACUCGCGGACCACCGGGCAAAGAUCAUUGCCGGUUCCGGCCGGUUUCAGAAGCAACUGCAGACGGAGCAGUUGGCGAUCGCGUCGACGUCGUACCUGGUGGGCGCAAGGGAUGCAAAGCACGGCCGACCCACGCCCAUCGAAGGGGGAGGACAUCAGAGUCUUCCCAGGAGGACAAAGCCGACCGAGGUGCUCGAGGAGCGUGAGGUAAGCGACGAGGAUGACAGCGGAUCGGUGCGUAGUGAGGGCAAUGAGUCGUCCUCGGAUGGGACGGUGAGCGAUUUCUCCGUCGAUGAGAUCCCGGUGUGGAUCAAGGGCGAGCAGAGGUGGGUGUCCGGCGUGACGGAUGACACAACCUGUGGAGAUCUGAUAGAGGUGCUGGUGCAGCAGGAGCAGCAACCGGGUAGUAGUAGUGCAGGACCAGCGGCACCGACGGAGGUGAAGGACUACUGCAUCACGGAGCGAUGGCGCCAAGUGGAGCAGGUGCUGGACAAUGAGACAAAAAUCUGGCAAAUUUGGUCGGCAUGGGGAAAGGCACAACCAGAGGUGAAAUUUAUUCUCCGCCGAGUCGAUGGAUCCCAUGGGCCGAGUGCGGGUGCAGGUGGAGCGGGAGCGACGACGACGACGUCCACGGCGGCCCAUGGAGCGCACGGUGAACGGGACCGGGACAGUGGACGCGGAAGUCCGACGGGCAGCAUCAACAGUGCGAUCGUGCGCCGCAAGCGACAUCGGGCGCAGAAGUCGACCUUCGCCUGGAUGACGCACGGCCAGACGAUCCACCCGAAGUCGUCCAAGACGUCGAUCGAGCGACUGAUGAAGCUGAUCCUCGAGCAGGGUGAUAUCAUACAGCAGCAGCUGUCGAAGUUGCGCGAUCGCGAGAUGCAGAUCAGCACGAUCGAGGAGGAACGGCACCGGGUGAGGGAGCGGGAGCACGGUAAGAACUACUUGCUCGAGACGUACCUGAAGGGUCUGGCGGAAGCGGCCGAUACGGAUCCGAAUGCAAUCGAUAGUGGUAUUACGUCGGAGGCUACGACAACCGCGUCCCCGGAGAUGGAUUUUGCGCCGGAUCAUGACUCGGAUCAAGCCACCGCACCACAUGGUGAUGGAUCGACAGUGAAGGAACAGAUCAAGCUACUCGAGAAGAUCGUCUCACUGAACAAACAGAUCGUGCGCGAGGAGGAGACCGCGGUCAAGCUGUUCGAGCGCGUCCGACGCUAUCAGCUAGAAGACCCACCGGAUCAGACCAAAACACAACUCGAGGAAGCGCUGGCAAAACUUAACACAUCGAUCGAUCAGGACAAUCAUGAACUCCAACAGCUCGACGAAAGUUUGCGCCAGUCGGACACGAUGUUGCGCGAGAGGAGCGACCUGCUGCGGACGCUAACGGAGGAGCUCAACCACCAGGAGCAUCCGCCGACCGACGCCAAAGUCAUCAUGGACUUCUCGCAACCGACUCCGGUGAUGCGAGUCGAUCGAACCAUGGAGGUUCCGGUCGAUAUUCAUGCACCGAUGUUAGCACCUGUCAGUUCCAACCCUCCGCUACACUCACCUGGCAACUAUGGGUCAGGGAAACCGGCACUCCACAGCUACCCACUGUAUCCAAUCGCGGAGAUUCCAACCAGACAAGCUGCGAUCCCUGUUGGUCCCGGAGAACCGGCCAAAAUAGUUAUCGCCAGCAGUACCCUGCCGAGGAACUUCCAGCGUCCUACAUUGGUGACCCCGGUUGGAGUUCCACCGCUCAUGGUACCACCGGACGCUAUCUCCGUUCACCAGAUUAACAAGUUUAUCCAAUGCAGCAACAAUCUGGGCACGAACUGUAACACCAACAUCGACGACAAGAUCUGCCCGAAACAGCUGUUCCAUUCGGCCGUCUCCUCCGCGGAAUGUCAGGGUGCUGUCAAGGCUCUGACGGACGAUCUGGCCAACAUGGGUACGUUGGUCUAG